AUGCAUCGACUGGUUGUAACACUAGCCGCUUACAUUCGUCAUACACUCGAGUUCGGAAGCUCAACCAAUCAAGAUCGUGUUCUGGAUUGUCCACGCCAUCUUGAGCACACCAACCUUGGUGAUAUCAUGCUAGCUCACUCAACGUUCAUCUUGUUUUUCCAGCUUUUACAUCAGAAACUCUUGUCCCACGUUUUACGGGCCCCAAUGUCAUUUUUUGAUCGGAACCCGAUGGGUCGCAUUCUCAAUCGGUUUAGCAAUGAUAUGGACCAGUUGGAUCACAAGAUUCCCGAUGCAUUCCUGGAAGUUCUCUCAUGUUUCGGAGACACUGUGGCCGCAUUGCUUGUGGUAAUCAUCGCACUCCGACCGUUUGGCCUCGGGUUCGGAAUCAUAUCACCGUUUGUUGUGUUUUGUGGCCUUGUCCAAUUCCUCUACCUCCCGUGUAGUCGACAAGCUCGCCGUCUGGAUGCCGUAACGCGUUCUCCACUUCUUUCCAAUUUCGGGGAGACAGCAGCUUCUUCUAUAGGGGUCACAGUGGUUCGGGCAUUCGGUCGCACAGAUGAGUUCACUGCAGCGGCAGACCGUUUGACCGAUCAAAAUGCGGUACAUUCAUUUCUACGAUUUGCCAGCAAUCGUUGGCUUGAUGUACAGUUGACGGUGAGU